AGAGGGGGACAUAAUCUUCCUUCAACCUCAUCGACAUGGCUACAAACAGCAUCAAGUUGCUAACUGGCAACAGCUACCCUGAGCUUGCCCGGCUUGUUGCGGAUCGACUCGGCAUAGAACUUACGAAGAUCCUCGUGCUCCAAUACUCAAACCAAGAGACUUCAGUAACUAUUGGAGAGUCUGUCAGAGAUGAAGAUGUAUUCAUCCUGCAAUCUACACCACCAGGCGACAUCAACGACGCGCUCAUGGAAUUACUCAUCAUGAUCAACGCGUGCAAGACGGCAUCAGCUCGCCGCAUUACUGCUGUGAUUCCAAACUUCCCUUAUGCUCGCCAGGACAAGAAGGACAAGUCCCGAGCACCCAUCACUGCUAAGCUCAUGGCAAACAUGUUGCAGACAGCAGGCUGCAACCACGUGAUCACCAUGGAUCUGCACGCAAGCCAGAUUCAAGGUUUCUUCAAUGUGCCCGUGGACAAUCUUUACGCCGAACCUAGCACGCUGAGGUGGAUCCGCGAGAACCUCGAUGUCAAGGAUUGUGUUAUCGUUAGUCCGGAUGCGGGCGGUGCAAAGAGAGCAACCUCGAUCGCCGAUGGCCUCAAUCUGGGCUUUGCCCUUAUUCACAAGGAGCGAACACGCCCCAACGAGGUCUCUCGAAUGGUGCUAGUCGGAGACGUUCGAGGCAAAACAGCCAUCUUGGUCGACGACAUGGCUGACACUUGUGGUACCCUUGUCAAAGCAGCUGACGUCCUCAUCUCCGAAGGUGCAAAGGAUGCACUAGCCAUCGUCACCCACGGAAUUCUGAGCGGCAAUGCUAUCGAAGCGCUCAAUGGCAGCAAGCUCAAGAAGAUUGUUGUGACCAACACAGUACCCCAUGAGGACAAGAAGGAGCUCUGCGAUCGAAUUGAGACGAUUGAUAUCAGCCCAACUCUUGCCGAAGCCUGCAGACGUACUCACAACGGCGAAAGUGUUAGUUUCCUCUUCAAACACGCACCUGUGGACUAAAAUAGGAACUUUCAUUGGAUCAUGAGCAUGAGGCGUUACAGGCGGUACAGGCGUAGGGGUCAGCAUCACGGGCUGGUUGCUCUUCAAACAACAGCAAGCAUAUCACAAGCAUAUCACAAGCUUAACGAUGAUCUGUAGAUCGCAUUGCGCGAUGGUGCAUG